CUGUUUGACAGGGUUUUUCACAAACUGACAGAAAAGCACCAUAAAGAAAAACCGUAUUUUUCAGUAUUUGAAAGAGCAAAAAGGCAUAACCAUGCAACUCUUGAGAGCACUAGGAUUCUUCCAUGUAAGCAUGAUCUUAUUUAGUGCCACUCUGGGGACAGGGAUUUUUGUGACUCCUAAAGCAGUAUUAAAAUACUCCUCACUGAACAUCCCUGUCUCCUUAAGUAUUUGGGCAGGUUGUGGACUGCUGAACAUCAUGACUGCUCUCUGUAAUGCAGAGAUAGCAACCACCUACCCUUUCAGUGGAGCAUCUUAUUAUUUUCUCAAAAGAACUCUUGGGUCCUCUGUUGCUUUUCUCAGUCUCUGGAUUAAACUUUUUGCUCACUUUCUAGGCAUCAGUGCUCAGUGUUUGCUAAUAGCUACUACUGUCAUCCAGUAUUUCUAUUCUGGGUGCCCAGCUCCAGAGCUACCAACGAAAUGUCUGGCUUUGGCUGUUUUGUGGUCAUUUGGAAUUCUCAGUACUCGGGGGAUAAAAGCAGUGGCUUGGUUUAAUACUGUCAGCAGUUUCAUGAAGUUGAGUGUUCUUUGUCUCAUUUCUCUAACGGGGCUUGUGCUGUUAGUUAAUGGCAAAAAAGAGAAUGUGUCCAGGUUUGAGAAUGCUUUGGACGCUGAACUUCCUAGUGCCUCACAGAUUGCAGAUGCCAUUCUCCAAGUGAACUAUUCGUAUCUAGGAUCAUCAGUCCUCAUCGUCAUAGCAGGAGAAAUAAAAAGGCCAACUGAAACAAUUCCAAAAACACUAAUUUGUGGUAUAUUCAUUGUGACUGUGUUAUACUUACUGACUAAUAUAUCAUACGUGGCAGUUUUGACAACUCAGGAAAUCAUCUUUUCAGAUUCUGUUGGUGUCACAUGGAUGAACAGAGUCUUUCCUUCCAUACAAUGGAUAACUUCUUUCUUGAUGUCAGCUUUCCUAUUUGGCUCUGUUUCUUGUGGAAUAGUUUCUGCAUCAAGAGUAUUCUACUCUGCAAGUCAAGAGGGACAAUUUCCUUCUAUCUACUCAAUGCUUAAUGACCAUCAUUCUCCAGCUGUAGCUAGCAUCCAGACUGUUAUUGUAUCUACUGUUGCAAUAAUAUCUUCAAGUAUCAUCUAUUUAGUGAAAUAUGUUAGUCUAGGAUCAUCUUGUAUACAGUUGCUACAAAUGAUCGGGUUGCUUAAGCUAAGGUACCAGAAACAUGAUAUACCAAGACCUUAUAAGGUGUGGCUGCCAUUUAUAUUUGGAUCUAUAGCUUUAUCACUUUUCCUCAUUUUCACACCAUUGAUUCAGUCUCCUAAUGUAGAGCAUGUCUAUCAAGUUGUGUUUCUUUUCAGUGGAUUUCUGUGUUAUUGGCUUCAAGUCCACCUUAAAGGACAUGCUAUUUGUUUUGACACAAUCACUUGCUACUGCCAAUUAUUUUUCAAUAUCUCCCCUCCUGAAGACCCAGAAAAAUUAAUUCCUUCUCCAAAUCCUGACUAAAGAAGUAUAUUUGAAAAGAAAGAAGCAAAAUUAUUUUUUAAAUGGGCAAAAUUUUAUUGAAAUUUUAUUUUUAGAUAUAUAUGCUCUUAAACACAUGCUUGCUCACAUUAUUCCCACCAAAAGAAUUGUUGCAAAUUUUCAAUUACACAUCGUAAACAUCUUUAUUCUGUGAAUAAUUAGUAGAAAUAAGAUUAAACCCUAAAAACACAAAUUAAAAGAAUAUGGAAAUUUUAUUUCUCAUUAAGAGAGAUAUAAGUGUCCACAGUGUUUUAGCAUGUUGGCAAAUAUACUUUGCCACACAGAAAAACUUAGAACUUUUAGGUAGAGUUGUCACAAGUCAUACUUAGCAUAUUUUUACGAAAAGGGAAUGUUUGUGUAAUGUGUUGUGUAUGCAAAGAAAUAGUUGUCCUCUAUCCACGGAGCCAGAGUCAGUGAUUCAUCUGUGGUUACUCUCCUUCUACAUGAUAGACUUCAAGAGUAAUAACAGACCUUACAACCCUCAAUGCUGAAAAUAUGUUCUCACUGUUUUUUCAGAGAAAGUUACCCAGCCAUGUCUAUACUGCUAAUUUGAAAGGGUUUAUAAUGCACAGAAUUCUGAAUAACUAAACUUUGACUUGAUGAUUUAACAAGUAAUGAUUUAUGGCCUGUUGUAAUGUGUGAGGUACUUGCAUAAGAAGAUUUUGGGGAGUAGUAGUGAUUUGAUGACAAAUAACUUUGAAUGAGACUACAGAGCAUAUGGUAAAUACGUUUCAAGGAAGUACACUGACCUCCUGUCCUAUGCAAACAAAUUUAGUGUAUAAAGCAAACUAUUGUUUAACAUAUGAGACAUAGAAGAAAAAGGGCACAUGUCUCUAUUUGGAUCAGUACACACACACACACACACACACACACACACACACACACACACACACACACCACUGUAUAUA